AUGUUAAAACGUUUCGUCUAUCUUUUCCUUCUGCUAACCAUCACCCUCCCCUUCAUCACACCUUCUCCCAAACAAAAACUUGAUCUUUUACGUGGAGAAAUGCAAAAAAAUUCAAUUUUUGCUUACAUUAUUCCAACGUCGGAUUCCCACAUGUCCGAAUAUGUUUCGUCUAGUGAUCAGAGAAGAGCUUUUAUUAGUGGAUUUGAUGGGUCGGCUGGAACUGCUCUGGUAACUAUGGAUUCGGCCUUGUUGUGGACUGAUGGAAGAUAUUGGAAACAAGCCGAAAAUCAAUUAGAUUCGAAUUAUUGGAAAUUAAUGAAAGGUGGAGUGGAUGUUUCGUUAACAAGUUGGUUAUCGGAAAAUAUGAAAGGAAAUCAAAGUGUUGGUGUGGAUCCUUUUUUAUAUUCGGUGGAUGAGUUUAAAAGUUUACAAAAAAGCUCAGUUCCAAUCAAGGUUAUUUAUCAAAAUUUGGUUGAUUUAAUAUGGGAGAAUAGACCACCUUCUCCAAAUGGAACUAUUUUCGAAUUGGGAAUUGAAUUUUCUGGUCAAUCAACAAGUGACAAACUUUCGAAUAUUAGAACAAGUAUGAAAAGUAAGAAUGUUAAUUGUUAUAUAGUCACUGCUUUGGACGAAAUUGCUUGGAUUCUCAAUCUUAGAGGUUCUGAUAUUGAAUAUAACACUGUAUUCUUCAGCUAUUUAAUUAUUACAAUGGAAGAAGUGAGAUUUUAUGUUGACAAGUCAAAAUUCAAAAGUUCUGACAUUGAAAAACAUUUGGAAAGUAGUGGAAUUUCAGUUAGACUCUACACUUCGUACAUUCAAGAUCUUUCCCAAUUGACACAACAAUCAAGUUCAGUAUUUAUUGAUCCAACCUAUUGUAAUUAUGCAACUUAUAGUUCCAUAAAAAGUGAAACCAUUCAGGAGGGAACUAGUUUCAUUCGGUUCGAAAAGGCCAUUAAGAAUGAUGUUGAAAGACAGGGAUUUAGAAAUUGUCAUGUGAGGGAUGGUCUUGCUGUUGUUCGUUAUCUUGCAUGGUUGGAGAAUGAAUUGAAAUUAGGACAUGUUGUCAAUGAAUUUGAUGGAGCAUUGAAAUUGGAAUCGUUCAGAGUUGAGGGUUCUCAUUUCCUUCGUUCCAGUUUUGAAACAAUUAGUGCCUAUGGAGAGAAUGCUGCCAUAAUUCACUACUCUCCCACUCGUGAGAAUCAUGCAAAUAUUGGAAAUGAUAAUGUCUAUUUAUUAGAUAGUGGAGGUCAAUAUCUUGAUGGAACAACCGAUAUUACCAGAACUGUUCAUUUUGGAGAGCCAAGUGAAAAAGUGAAAAGAAGUUUCACACGUGUUUUGCAAGGUCAAUUAGCACUAAGCUCUUUAAUCUUUCCAAGCGGCUUGGCUGGCGAUAAAAUGGAACCUAUUGCAAGAUUUGCCUUGUGGAAAGAAGGUUUAAAUUAUAAUCAUGGUUCUGGACAUGGAGUUGGACAUUGUUUGGAUGUUCAUGAAGGUCCUCAUGGAAUUGGGGUUCCUGGAUUUGGAUUUAAGGAACAUUAUGAUGUCACUAUAGAGCCAGGUUAUUACGAAAUUGGAAAUUUCGGUAUUCGUAUUGAAAAUCUCUAUCUAGUAAGAAAAAGUCAAACGCCAAAUAAUUUUGAUGGCAAGACAUAUUUAGAAUUUGAACAAAUUACAUACUGCCCAAUUCAGCCAACACUUGUAGAUCCUGAAUUGUUGAGUGAUAAGGAGUUACAAGCUGUCAAUGGGUAUAAUCAACAAGUAUGGGAGAAAUUGAGUCCACUACUUUCGAAUGAUUUAUUGGCAUUGAAUUAUUUGAAACGAAACACUCAACCAAUUGAUCUAAAUAAUUCAAGCAAUUCCAUUGUUACCAUAUUGGCCAUUUCGCUAGCAACGAUUUUGGUAAUUUGUGCCUUUUCAAUUAUUGGAAAUGUUUAUUUUGCAAUUAAAAUUAGAAAGGAAUCAAAAAGAAAUGGAAGUCAUCACCAUAAUGAUGGUGAACUACAAGCAUUAAGUGAAGAUGGUUAUUAAUAAAUCUUUUCAUUUC